AUGUUAUUAAAAAUUUACUUACUAUUAUUAUAUGCAACAAAUUGGCUUGCAAUUGCUGAUAAUAAUAUUUAUAACAUAAAAAAAAAUGGUCAAGAAUUACUUCUGUGUAGAAAAUGUGGCGCAGACGUUGCUGAUUCGUAUUACAUUUUUAGUAAAAAUAGUCCGGGAGCUCGAAAAACUGAAAAACAAAAUUUAUUUGGCAGACAAAAUAUAACAGUUCAAACUUUAAUUAAUCCUUUUGGUGUAAAAUUUGAAAUAGUUACUACUGAAAAAGCAAAAUGUGAAAAUGUUGGACCUAGUCAAGGAGCAGAUUCGUGGUUUCCUGGUUACACUUGGCGUAUAUGUACAUGUCCUCACUGUGGGCAACAUUUAGGAUGGACUUUUCAAAGUAGUUCUACUAGAUCAAAGUCUUCAGAUAAUGAAAAAGAUGAUAUAGAUUCUUUUCAUGGCUUAAUAUUAAGUAAUAUACUUGGAGAAAAUUUUACAGAUUCACUUAUAAUGAUGCCCAAGAUGUAUAAAAUG